AUGGCCUCCUCUGCACGAUCUGAUGAGACCUUGAAAGAGAAAAGAACACCUUUGCAACUCAUCUCUCAAGGUCCCUGCCUUCCUGGAAUUCCUCAGCAUCCUACCUUUGCUUCACAAAGGCAAUGGAUGCUAGAGAAAAUGGCGCUCGCCUUUCGUGUUUUUGCACGCCUAGGGUACACCGAUGGCAUGGCCGGGCAUAUUUCCGUGCGGGAUCCCGAGAAUCCUCACACUUUCUGGACAAACCCCUUGGCAGUGCAUUUUGGCCUAUUGAAGGCAAGCGACAUGAUCCUUAUUGACUAUGAGGGCAUUCCAGUUGGCGGGAAUACGAGUCGUCCGGCAAAUGCUGCAGGUUUCCUUAUCCACAGCGCUGUUCACAAGGCCCGGCCAGAUGUUGUGGCUGCUUGUCAUACCCACAGUGUCCAUGGUAUGACAUGGAGCGCUUUUGGCCGGCCUCUAGAAAUGCUGACACAGGAUUGUGCCUACCUCUACGGCGAGGCCCAGGCUGUUUUUCACGACUUUGGCGGUGUCGUGCUCACACAGGAAGAAGGGGAUCGCAUCGGCGCAGCGCUAGGCGCAAAGGGCAAGGGCCUGAUCCUACAGAACCACGGUCUUUUGACUGUCGGCACGACCGUCGAUGAAGCUUGUUUCUUGAUGACAUUGAUGGAGCGUGCUUGUCAGUGUCAGUUGCUGGCAGAGGCCGCAGCAGCAAAUGGACUGCCAAAAGUCCUAAUUUCGGACGAAAGUGCAAGAUAUACAUUUGAAAACUCUAGUGAUCCGGAGACACUGUACUGGGAAGGCCAACCGGAUCUACAAUAUGAAGAAUACAUGUGUGGGGGGAAACAUCGGGAAUGA